AAAUCAUAAGUAACAUUUGUUACGUAACUGCUAUCCCGAAUAUGUGGGUUAGUUACGCACAAAAAAAGUCAUUUCCCAUUUGGUUGAGAUGGCUGUGCGGGAGUACAAACAGAGCGUUUUUCCAUUAUAUGGGAAACACCCUAAUGCACAUUGAAUCAACAUAGUAAUAUCAACCUCGGUCUCUGCAAUGCUUCGAAUGCAACGCAACAAAGAAUUUGUAAACGUGGACACAUCGAGUACAUAAGGUUCAUGAUUGAAGGUGAAGAAGGAAGCGGGCUGUCGUUUAAACUGUCCAGUUACAACCAUGAACAUCACACAAUUAGAAAACGUUUUCAGCAAUCAUUGAUCGAUGCCCUGAAUUUUGGAAAUGAAAUUGAGUUACAAUCGCUCGAUUGUGACAAUGGCAAUAAUGAAUUUUCCAGCGUUUUAUUGUACCGGUCGUACAGAGAAUCCAGCCAUACCCAUACCACCCUCAUGUUGAGAGUUCAUCAAAGAUUGUUUAUAAUUUAUUCAAGAGAAUUUACGUGAGCCCGUGGAUAAGCCCAUUUUUUCUGCCGCUAUUUCUUUUGAUUAUGACUAUUCUUGCCAUUGUAUUUGCAAGUGCGAGACCAAUUUUACUUAUCGCAACUUUAACCGCAGCCGUUCAUAUUUAUUUUUAUCGAUGGGAAGAGACAAAGAACCCAUCGUUCAAUGGAAAUAAAAAAGAUGAAAUUUAUAUAUACAAAGAUUUUAUCAUGAACAACGACUCAAUUUUUUAAUUUAACAAAGUCAUCAUUGAAUAUAUAUCAGAGCUGACAAAAAUUGCACGUAAUUUAAAUUAUCAAUGUUUUAUGGGGUCUAUAUCCGGUGGAUUACAACAGACUGAAAAAAAUCUGUGACUCACACGUUGUGAAUGAAGAAGGUGUCACUCAUUCAUAAAUAAAUGACACCAAAACUCUGUUGCAUUUCAGUUGUAGACGAGUACUUUAAUUGCAAAUCUAAAGCACGCCAUUCAUUUUUAGUGCUAUUGACCUGAAUUUGACCAAUUGCCCUCCUCAUCAAAUCAAUUUACCUGCUUUUUUGCUGCGAACAAAAAGUUAUUUUUAUCGACACUUAACGGUUUUGAUUCAAUGUGCGUACUAUGUGAUUCUAUAUGUCUUGCAAAUGGCACUCUAAAGAGAGAAAUGUUCAAAUUCGAUAAAGCCUCUUCAAAAAAAAUUGCGAAACGUUUUCACUAUAAAUAGCUGCAACGAUCGCUUUAAAAAUCAUUGUGUUUUGAAAAAUUGGCUAUGUUUCGUGAGCUCAAUUAAGACAAAGUUUUAGUGAAAAAAUGAAAUUGAAAUUAUUUGUUUUGUUUUGUGUUGUCGGAGUCAUUUCUGCUCGCAUAAGUUUACGUUCUGAAAUUGGAUACCCACCGCUAUCAUCACGUAUUGUUGGCGGCACCAAUGCCACGGACGGUCAGGCUCCAUAUCAAUGCUCAAUGCAGCAAAAUGGACGGCAUUUUUGUGGAUGCGUCAUCGUCGGCGAUCAAUGGAUCCUAAGUGCAGCCCAUUGUCUCGCCAUUGGAAUACAAGGCGUACAAAUUUUGGCUGGGACCAAUGAUGUAAAAUCGGGCGGAGUUCGUUACACACCGGAAAAGUAUAUAAUUCAUGAAAAAUUUAAUCAACCAAGUUUUGCUAAUGAUAUCGGGUUAAUUAAAGUAAAUAAGAUCUAUUUCAAUGAAAAAGUGCAGCCGAUCAAAUACUCGUCGAAUUUUGUAAACGCUGGAUCCGUUCUUCUGGCAACUGGCUGGGGUCGAUUGUCUGCUUGGGGUGAUGCACCACAACUUUUGCAAGUUAUAAAAUUGACAGCGAUUUCCAAUGACGAAUGCGAAGCAAUUCAUGGUGACAUCGUUGCUCCCAGCCACUUGUGUACAUACACGAAAGUAGGAGAGGGUGUUUGUAGCGGUGACUCAGGCGGACCGCUGGUUCUUGGGGAUGAAGUAGUCGGCUUGGCAAAUUGGGCUGUGUUAUGUGCCCUAGGCUAUCCUGAUGGAUUUGCUCGUAUUUCGUACUUGUAUGAUUGGAUCCAGAAGAAUAUUGCAACAUUGUAAGAGAAUUUAAUGAAAAUCUUUCGAUACGCAUAUAGAUAUGAGAUGUUUCCAUCAAAAAUGAAUAAAUUCGAUUUUUAUUACUUUUGCAA